GGAAAUUCUGGUUGUACCGCUGCCCGCAAGUUUCAGGGAGAUAAAUCUGACCUUUGAUGGGUCGAGCGAUCCGUCGAGGCAUGUGAGGGCAUUUGAAAAUAUGUCCGUUUUGUAUGGAUACUCAGACCCGGUCAGUUGCAGGGCGUUCCUAUCAACCUUACGAGGAGGUGU